AUGGCAGACACAUUGGAUAACUGCAAUGGAGAACUUGUCGAUCUCAAAAACCGUGGCCUGCGUAUCGGCGCCAUCUUCAUAGUCAUGGCGGCGGCAAUGUUUGGUGCAUUCGCACCAAUCCUCCUCGCCCGACAGCAAAAGAUGCACGUACCCAAAUUCACAUUCUUCAUCUGCAAAUAUGUCGGCACCGGCGUGAUUAUCGCAACUGCGUGGAUGCAUCUAUUAGACCCAGCAAUAGACAAUCUGUCAGACCCUUGCCUUGCUCCUCGGUUGGGCGACUACCCUUGGGCUCUAUGCAUCAGUUUAAUGACAGUCAUGGUCAUGUUCUUUGUUGAGCUCCUUGCUGCAAGAAUCGGAGGGGACGAGGAUGAGCAUAGCCACUCGAUUGGCUCCGACAGCGAUUCCGGCCCGACUCUCAAAGCAGCGGCUCACAGGAAAUCAACCGAAAAGGAAGCCAUCGCAGAAGCCUGCCCGCACGAUCUUGAGAGGGGCGUCCUGCGUGGGCCAGAUCCGACAACUAUUCCCGGCCUUCCCGACGAUGUGAGCUAUCCUCCUGGAGGAGAGGAUCACCUCGCCCACGGCCAUGAGCAUGAAGACAGCGACUCACAUGGUGGCCUAGCAGGUCAACUCACGGCCAUCUUCAUCCUUGAGUUUGGUGUUGUUUUCCACAGCGUAUUCAUUGGCCUUACGCUCGGUACCACGGAUGACCUCGUCGUUCUACUCGUCGUACUAGUCUUUCAUCAAAUGUUUGAAGGCCUUGGUCUGGGAUCUCGAUUGGCAACAGCCCCCUGGCCUAAGGAUAAAGGGUGGCUGCCAUACCUCCUCGGCUUCGCCUUUGCCAUCUCAACCCCGAUUGGAACAGCCGCUGGAAUAGGCGCGAGACCCAACAACGCCAACACUCAGAAGCUUGUUAACGGCAUCUUCGACUCCAUCAGCGCUGGCAUCCUCAUGUACACGGGCCUGGUUGAGCUCUUGGCGCAUGAAUUCAUGUUCAACCCCCAUAUGCGAAAAGCACCAUUGAAGAUUCAGCUGUUUGCUUUUGGCUGCGUAGCAUUUGGAGUGGCCAUCAUGUCUCUAUUAGCGAAAUGGGCGUAA